UCAGUGAUUUCUAUAGUCUUUUGAAAUUUCAUUGAUUUUUGUUUUAUGAACACAACAAUGUCUGUCUGAAACUUAUUUUACUAAUUAUUUAUAAGAUUUAGGCCCUUUGGAUUAAAUUAGAAUCGAGGUGAAAUGGCUCUAGAUAGGCAAAGAAUUUUAAAUGAACUUGGUAGUGUAUUGAAUCAAUUGCAAAGUGCAGAUUGUGGUUGUAUGGGCAAAUUAUUUGGAGAUGUUGGUCAAGAUACAGCUUCGUCAAGCCUCACACCAACUGGUGGAGGAUGUAGACAGAACUGUUGUUAUAGCCACGGACACAGAUGGAACUCGAAUAGAUCGUGUGGCGAACCAUAUCCAGGGAAUGCGCAAAACACGAACUCUACCUGCAUAGGUAGUUGUAACCCACCAAAACUUUAUGCCGACACGUAUAACUAUUUAACUAAAAACCUCAUGCAGCCAACCGUGGAAGAAGUCUACAAUGAUUUAAAAAGCUUGUCACCGGAUAAUUGCAUUGCAAACAAUCAAAUUGCAAACCAAAUGGGUCUUUCGCCUAAUAGUUUAGCAGCACAAGGUAAGAUGGGUAAAAUGCCUAAUUUAUAUAAGAUCAAUGCUGAUAAUACCUAUAAUAGCUUUACCGGUCAGCCAGAUAACGUGGUUUGUAUACCUUCCAACGAUGCCAAUCAAAAUCAAAUGGGUCAAGUAGGAGGGAUGGGACCUGAAAUCAUGAAUAUGGUAGAAAGUAAUAUGACAAAACAAAAUAAAUCAAGUCCUAAUUUAGGACAAAACGGCCAGAUGACAGGGCCGAUGGAAUCUCCACACGGCACAACUAAUCAGUAUAUUAAAAACGCGAAUACCCUAGGUUAUCCUAACAGUUAUAACGCAAAUCAAAGCACGAUGCAACCGAACAUUCCACCUGCAGGAAAUGUUCAAAACCUAGGAAAAACAAAUCCAGCUGCUCGGCAAAUGGCAGCUGGCCACCAUCACGGCCAUCAUAGUCAAGGUAUUUCAAAGUUCAACGAAAUAUUUCCAGGUGUUAUGAAUAACACAGACGGAAAUUUGGGCUUUGAUCCCAUGGCAAUAGCUAUACAAAUGAAUCCAUCUAAUCAAAAGCAAACGGCUAUAAACAAUAUGAAAAGAAUGAUGGAGAACCAUAACCCUAAUCUAGUUUUAAAUCAAUCUACCAAUCCUGCUUCAUUAACAGGGAAAGGGCCAUUGCAAAACCAAAUUCAAAAUAACGUUUUACCAAAUCAUAUUGGUCAAUCAAAUCUUUUACAACAAGCGGGAAUCGAGACUGUUGAGCAAAAUGUGGUUCCAAUGACGUAUCAGAAUAGUUCCUAUAUAAAAUAUAGGAAUCCUUACGAACAAAUAUAUAAUCAGCAGGAAUAUACUGCUAGUUCAAGGGAUCCUGUGCAAAAUCAACAAACAAGACAACCUGAGCAACGAAAUCAUCAACAAAAUAAUAUUGACCCGAAUACAGGCAGAGCAUUGACCCAAAUGCAGGCAGAACCUUUCCCUACGUCAGCUUGUGGAACAACACUCCAGCAGCCUAUUUACCCCAGAACUCAAAUAAAAGAUUCAAUAUUACCAGCAGAUACUACAAAAUAUAAAGCACCCAACCAUCCAAAGUAUUUCGAAUAUAAUACUCUCGGCCAGCCUGUUGAUAAGUUGUCAGCGGAAACGUAUAGGGUGAUAGAACCGAGUCUUCCACAAACUUUAUCACCACAACCCCCACCCAAUCCUAGAACUGAUGCAGCUAAAUAUUCUAAAGUGAAAUCGACUGUAAGUAAAACUUCGUUAAUGGGGGUCAAGGUCGGCAGGAAGCCAAGUCAACUACAACACAUUUAUAAUCAGUAUAAGGGAUCUCAGUCAUACACGCAGCAAAACAUAACCACAGCCGGAGUAAACGCUGUCAGUCAUUCGGAAGGCAAAUUAAAUGCUCCUGAUGUAAACCUACAACACCGACAAACUCCUGUUGAAAAAGUUGGAGGAGAUACUUUUGUGAACAAUCAAAUACGGGAUGAAAGAAUGGAAACAAUGGUGGGACAAAUUAGUGACGUGCCAGCAUCGAUUAAGUCCAUUAGUGCCAGAAAACCAGAUGAGAUUGCCCCAGUACUUAAGCGGAACACUAGGAAUGGAUUACAAGACAUUGUCUACACUUCUUAUCCAUCUGCUGCAUGGACCUUUCAUGGAGUCAGGUCAAGUCCCUGCAGCCCUGGACGUUAUAGAUAUAGUAAAUAAAAAAGACAUGACGUUCUUUAGGUCUUUGAUACUAAAAUGUGACGUUGUUGUGUUGUAUUAAAUUAUAAUGUGGUAGAUUGUUUGAA